AUGGUGAACAUUCCUAAAACCCGUCGGACUUUCUGUAAGAAGUGUGGCAAACACCAAACCCACAAAGUGACAAAAUACAAGAAGAGCAAGGAUUCUCUGAAUGCCCAGGGAAAGCAGCCUUAUGACAGGAAGCAGAGUGGCUAUGGUGGGCAGACCAAGCUGAUUAUCCCGAAAAAGGCCAAAACUACAAAGAAGAUUGUGCUAAAGUUUGAGUGCUUUGAGCCCAACUGCAGGUCUAAGGCUAUUAACAGAUGCAUUUUGAACUGGGAGUAG